AACCAACGUUUGAAAAAGAAAAGGGCCAUGAAGAUUUUGGUUGCUGCAUUAGUCACUUUUAGCGUAUUUAUUUCUGCAAUACAAUGUGAUUCGAAUGAGGACAGCUCACGUUCGUCGAGCGAAAGUCAAAAAUCUUCAACUAAUCUUGUCAAUAUAACAUCUGCUCAACUUCAUUAUUUAAACACAGAUUAUGUUAACAAGAAAACUUACAAGGCAGGUUUAGAAAGAAAAAACGAUACAUAUACAGAAUUGCCAUUACAAUGGGAUAUUAUAAAAGAUUUUCCUGAAGAUACAGUGUUGAUAACGAAAUUCGUUAAAUCUAAAUCUGAAAAUGGGCCAUGGGAGAAUGUACAAACAUAUGUAUCGAAAAUUUGUAAUUUAAAGGACAAAUAUCACGAUUAUUUACCACCGUUUCUCAUUGAAUUGACAAAAGACGGAAAAUGUAUACAAAAGGGAAAACAUCAUUUUAAUGAUGCGGGACAGUUUCAGUUUGAUAGAUUGUUUCCAGCAAGUUUUCUGGAAGGAUGGUAUUUUAAUACGUACAAUCAAAUACGUUCUUUUAAUCCUGAAGCUUUGAUAAAAGAUAUUGAAAUUAAAUCUAAGUCCGUAAACGCUAAGUAACAUAGGCUUUUUUAAUCAAUAUACCUAUGUACUGACUUGAUAAUGAAGGUUAUUAUUUAAAAUUUUAAGUAAAUUAAACUUAUUGCAAAUUUAGUUUCAAUAAAAUUUAAUGACAUUCAAAUAGUUUUUUUUUUAAAUUGUUAUAAACAUGUUUCAUAUCGCAAAAAUGAAGAGACGAAAGGUCAUAACGAUCGAGUUAUUUUUUAAUAACAUAACAAUUUUGUUAUUGAUAAAGUUUACUUGAGUUACAGUGUUCUACCUAAGAAAUAUGAAGUCUCCUUAUUUACAGUAGUCAUAUCUGUAUAGUGGCAGUUGCCUAAGAGGAAGUGGCUCUGGUGUCCUCAUUGGCGGGAGGCUUACUUGAGAUUCGGAUGGCCGAUAUGCCGUUGAUAAGGUUUGCGGGUCUCUAUAGCAAACUUCCUUCCAGAUCAUACCGGAAGUUCAUUGUAAAUCUCGAGCUGCUGCGCGAGAGAUUCCGCGCUCAAAUAUUUAGAUUAGCCCGUGAUCUUCUCACGCUGUUUACGUACGCGCGACGCACAAAGAGAGGAAAGGUGAGAGUGCUGCUAACGAGAUCAGACAUCUGGGCUGAUAUAAGCACGCCUACGGAAAUUGAUCGCCGCUAGCUGCUUUCUAGCUCAAAUCUAAAUAACAGAUGUCUUAUCUUAGCAAGCUGUAUAAACAGUCUCAUAACUGCUGUUUAAUAGAGAAUAGAAAAGUCCUUUCAAGUAAUUCAAUUUAUGAAAAUAUGAAGUUUUAGAUUGAAAGAAAGUAGGGAUGAAAAA